AAAGCAAAUGCUCAGCAGCGGAUGUUUCCAUGGGAGCGCGCAGACUUAUGGGUAAUGCAAGGUGCAGGCGGUACAGCGGCACGCUGAAGAACGACAAGAAAUUGCUUCCGCAGUUCAGUUAGCGUGCGAGGUUAAAUGCUGUGUAAGUGUACGCUGUCCUUUUUUAAGUAACAGAGUGUUUUUGCUAAGUGUCGCAGUAUGAGUCUGAACGAGCAUUCCCUGCAAGCGCUGUCCUGGAGAAAGCUGUACCUGAGUCGAGCUAAACUGAAGGCUUCCAGUCGGACCUCGGCUCUGCUGUCUGGAUUUGCUAUGGUGGCUAUGGUAGAAGUGCAGCUGGACAACAGCUACCCCUACCCACCUGCCCUCCUUAUUGCCUUCAGUGCCUGCACCACUGUGCUCGUAGCCGUUCACCUGUUCGCUCUGAUGGUCAGCACCUGCAUUUUACCCAACAUAGAGGCCGUGAGCAACGUCCACAAUCUCAACUCGGUGAAGGAGUCCCCACAUGAGCGAAUGCACCGGCACAUUGAGCUGGCGUGGGCGUUUUCCACAGUCAUUGGUACUUUGCUCUUCCUGGCAGAGGUGGUUCUACUCUGCUGGGUUAAGUUUUUGCCCAUCAAGCCCAACAAAUCCAGCAACAGCACAGUUUCCUCCGGAGUGGCUGCUGCCAUUACCUCCACCUCCAUCAUGGUGCCCUUUGGUUUGGUUUUCAUAGUCUUCGCUGUGCAUUUCUAUCGCUCCUUGGUGAGCCACAAGACUGACAGACAGUUUGAGGAGCUGGAGGAGCUCUCCAACCUCACCAGGCUACAGAACGAGCUUGAUAACAGAGGAGAAUCUUCCAUCUUGCAGUCGCCAAGCUCACAUUUCCCAUAGUCGGGUCCAGCUGAUGCACAUCUGUGUUGGAACUCGUGACCCCUUUGGGAAUUCUCCAAGUCAGAAGCCUCGUUAUUGGCUUCUAUGGUUUUUACAGGAAUGACGAUUAAUCUCACUCUUUAUUGUGAAACUUAUUUUGUGAAGAACAGUUGUAUUUUUUAGAAAACACACUUGAUUGACUGUGAACUCGUAUAUCCGCCGUGCUGCAUGUAGCUUGAAAUCGGAAAGUCUUAACAGUGGUAGCUGCCUCACUGAUCUCCAACGGUAUGGGAGAGAUGUCUGAACAGUAACCUGGAAUCCUGUCUGUUGCUGCCUGCUGUAUUUAUUUAACCGUCUGUCAGUGAAUACUUCAUUUGUUUAUGUAUAUUACCAUGUGAACCACGUGUAUUUAACCCUUUAUUUACACGGUCUUAUUGUUUUUGUUUUUUUAAAUUUUCAUCAUUUGCAUUCAGAAUGCUCUCCAUUUGUGUCGACUAAUCAGCUGCACAACUUACAGUACAACUUCAGUAUGUUUUGCUGUCUUGUUUUGCACAGGCUGUGGUGUUCAAAUAAACACCUUUUCACAAAGUGAUGUUAAAAGUUAACGAUCAUAGCAAAAAUCAAAAAACGUGACUGCGUGUGGAGAGUCUGGUUUGGGCUUCGUGAGGAUGCUGACUUGCCAAUAGAUAGAUGUUCUGUCCUUAUGUUACACAGACUUUGCACUAUGGAGCUGGCAGGAUAAAGAGCCUCUAAUGCCAGAGCAAGCCAGACAUUUGUGUUAUCACACACUAGAUUAUCUAGAAAAUUAUGCAGUAUAUGUAUGAAAAAGAGCUUAGUCCUAUCUGUUUGCCUUAGACUGCUGACAUUUUUAUACACACUAACACAGCUUUAUAAUCUCAUUGGGAUCUCUGCUGGAAACUUAAUGUUAAUAUUAAUUGUUAGUGCUGUAUUUUGAAGAGUCUGAGCACUCACAUAUUCUGAACUGGCAUUUUGCCUUUGUGAUUCAGUCUUGAAGUACAUACGGAGAGCUUUCCAAUUGUGUUUUUAACAUAAAAAGUUUUGAAUUAAGAGUCUAUGUGAGGCUGUAGUCCAAAUGUGGUCAGAGAUGUGUUUACUUAAGCAGCUGGAACAUUGAUAGAUGGCCAUAAUCCAGUUGCUAGUGAAUUCUAAAAAAUUAAAAUAUAAUGAAAAAGUUUUUUGGGUUUUUUUUGUAUUUCUAAAGGGGAA